AUGGUGGGCUGGAUCCAGGCCCAGCAUCUUCAGGGAGAUGCGCUGCGCCAGAUGCAGGUGCUUUAUGGGCAGCACUUCCCCAUCGAGGUUCGCCACUACUUAGCUCAGUGGAUUGAGAGCCAGCCGUGGGAUGCCAUCGACCUGGACAAUCCUCAGGAUGGAGCCCAGGCCACCCAGCUCCUGGAGGGCCUGGUGCAGGAGUUGCAGAAGAAGGCUGAGCACCAAGUCCAGGAAGACGGAUUUCUACUGAAGAUCAAGCUGGGGAACUAUGCCACGCAGCUCCAGAACACAUACGACCGCUGCCCUAUGGAGCUGGUCCGCUGCAUAUGGCACAUUUUGUACAAUGAACAGAGGCUGGUCCGAGAAGCCAAUAAUAAGGUGAGGAAAAAGUCAGUGAACCUAUAG